AUGGGGGUAUCUGGCGGACCUUUUUGCGCAUCUGGGGGAAAGUUUGACUCGCCUGUGGCUCCCUUUGGCUCCCUAGCCAUGCUGCAAGCAGUGCAGAUGCAGCAGUCUCAGCUACAGCAGUCCCAGCUACAACAGUCUCAGCUACAGCAGUCCCAACCACAGCCGGCACUGCAACAUCCGUUCAUGCAGCCACCACCACACUUCCAGCCGUCCUCGUUUCAAACAUCUUCGAUUCAAGCACCUGUGUUUCAGUCCACGGCUCAAGUAAUACAUCAUCUGAACAACCCGAAUCCGUUUGUGGCGUCAGCAGUUCCCCUUUCCACAUCAGCAUUCCCUGUGACACAGUCAGAUGCCCUCAUGCCACAUCAGCAACCAGCCUUCUUAUCCCCCCUUUCCCAACAACAGCAACAACAGCAGCAACAGCAGCAGCAGCAGCAGCAGCAGCAGCAGCAGCAGCAAGCCAACCAAUCGGCUGCCCACACACUCCCCCUGUCAACACCGCCAUCCAGUGGGACCAUCAUGGCACCGCCUCCACCCCAAUUGUCCCGACCAGCGAGCUUCGAGGCGUCAAGCCAGGUCUCAAACCGGCCUGUGCUGCCUUUUGAGGCGCCUCAAAAGGCGUCAAGCCAGGUCUCAAACCGGCCUGUGCUGCCGGCUGCACACACGCACCCUACAAGUGCACCCUUUGAUUGGCCGCUUCAGUCGGCUCAAAGCCAACCCACUCAGAACCAGGGGAUUCACAACCUGCCUCUGAUGCUUUCCCCCCUUGCACCCCUUGCCCCCCUCGCACCCCUUGCGCACCCGCCUCGGCCAACUAGCGGGCAAUCUAGCUCCACAUCCUCUCUCCCCCCCAAUGAUGUCAUCAGCCCCUCCUCCUGCUCCAACCCCUCCCCUCGCAAUGUCCCUGCUGGCGUCACCAUGGCUGUAGCUGCUGACGUCCUCACACUUGCAGGAGUGGGGUCGGGGGUGGUUGGGGUGGGAGGAGGAGGGGGAGGAGGGGCAGCAGCAGCAGCAGGCGCGGUGGGUGCGGCAAGGGGAAGCAGUGAGAGCUUUGCAAGAGCGGCGGGAGCACAUGCAGGACGAUGGGCCAAUCUCAGCCAUCCUUUCGGCCUCUGCUGCCCACCUGCCCUCCUUCUCCUCCUUCUCCCACCAUUCCUCCGCACCCCCCAACCCCACCCUCGCUCCGCAACUGCCCUCCUCCUCUCAUCAUCCCUCCGCCCCCCAACUGCCCUCUUUCUCCUCCCUGUGGCUGCAAGCACAUGGUGCCACCCACGCUUCUCCCCAUAA